AUGCUCUACCACCUCUUCGUCAACAACCAAAUCAAGCUCCAGGACGACUUCAAGGCGGAAGCCGUCGCCACCAUCCGCUCCAGCGUUUUCAACUCCAAAGGCGGAACCACCGUAUUCAACUUCCUCAGCGCGGGGGAGAACAUUCUCCUCCACAUCAGCAUCCGCCCCGGUGAGAACGCCAUCGUCUUCAACAGCAGGACCAAGGGUGGCGCUUGGGGCCCCGAGGAACGUGUCCCGUAUGCGGGCAAGUUCAAGGGCCCCAACCCCAGCAUCACUGUCUUGGACCAUGGCGACAGGUUCCAAAUCCUCUUCGACAACGCGACUGCGAUCUACUAUACCAAGAGGAUUAAGGAGAACGCGGCUGCGAUUGCGUACAGUGCGGAGAAUUCUUUGUUCUCCUCGCCUGUCACCGUCGAUAUCCACGGAUUGCUCCCCCCUCUUCCCCCCGCUUAG